AUGAACGCCGAGUCACUGAUCAGGAUCCUGCGGGCGUACGACGUGUCGUUGGAUGCAGCAGCGGUGAGAGCAGCCGUUUCGGCCUCUGACUCGGCCCAUCUUGUGCAAUGGGCUACGCUUCACCUCACUCCCGAUACGCUGCUCACCGUCGACGAGUUGAACCAGUCCGUGGGCUUCCGCUUCUUACUCAUCGGCAUCCAUGCUAAUAUUGACCAGGAGAUCAAGGACGCCAUAGACGAACUCAACCGCUCCACCAAGGCUAUUACGCGGCAUACCGAGGCCCUCAAACAGCAACAGGAAGCUCUCGGACGCCUUGUUGAUGCCGGCCGCGAAGGCAACAGGGAACGCGUCGCCAUUCAAGAAGGCCGGGCCCGGAAAUGGGAAGCUGAACGCAGCAACCUCGCAUUAGAGGCAGACGAGCUCACGCAGUCGCUGGGCUCUCGCAUCCGCGAACUCGAGCAGCAGCGCACCGGGGCUGGUGCGACAAUCCAGCAAACCGUGGACACGUUGUUCCGCUCCGAUGACAAACUCUUGUCCAGUCUUCAGAAGCUAGGGUGGGAGUUAGAGACUGAAGACGGCGAGGAACAGAACGACGUCGCUCUGCUACGUGAAGCAUGCGCAAGGCUGAUCAAGUUCACCGUGGAGGGGAUCCGAACGAAGUUAGACCGCCUCUAUCUCGAAUCUCUUGAGAUGUCGUCCCAGUCAAGGCCCCCUCGAGUUUCGGCCGACCAAGUAUCGGCGUUACAAGAGGAGCUAGAAUCCCUCUAUUCGGAACUUCUCCCGGUGGCCCAAAUGUCGACCGAGCAGCAGUUUCUAGAGCCAGCGCUGAGGAGCCUCGCCACAAAGAAUGGUCAGAGCAUAGCCAAAUCGGCCCGGGCAACUAGCUACGCGUACCAAUCCGCUACCGAUGCCGUUCUCGAGGUCGCCAAGCCGGAACUGGACACCCAGACACAAGUCACCGAGGCAUCCCCUACGCGGGCGACGAGUGCCAGACAACAACAAAAUGACAUGUCCCCGGUCCGUCCUCGACCCAAGCAGCGGUCGAGGUACUCAACUGGCGCGCCCGGAAUUGGCAACGAGCCGCCACUAGAGGAGAUCCUGCGCGCCCUUGCUAUCAAUCUUUCGCAGGACGACGAAGCAGCCGAUGAUCUGCGGGAACAGGUCAAGAUUCUAUCCUCAACGCUCGAUAGCCGUCGGAGAAAGAUGCGGGAUGUUUCUCUCAAUGUUCAACAGAGCUUCGAGGGGGUAGCAGCAAAGCAGGUUGCCGACGGGAAGCUGGCAAUCCAGCUCGUUCGCGACUCCAUCCUAGCCGAGACCUCAUUCGGGGGCGCCCGGCUCAUGGAUCCCGAAAUUGAGGGGUCCAUUGCCGUCCUUUCCCAAGAACUAGCCACCGUUGAUGAGAAGCUGAAAGGCAUCGACGUCGGGCUCCGGGCGUACAUGUUCGACCACAAAUGGCAAGUUGCGGUUUACACCCAGGCCCCCGGUGACAAGGAAACGCAGAACCAUGCUCCACGCAGCAUCCCUGCUUGGGGACCGUAUCCUCAGGGGGUUUCGUCCCGCCCAUGGGACCGAGAGCGAGACAGCGAGUCAUGCUCCAUGCCAUGA